AUGGUUAUGAGAGAGCAGGAGGCUAAUGUUCGUAGUUCUCCCCAGGAAAGUUGCCACCGCCUGGGGCGAAGUCGCUCACAGCUGAAAAGCUUACCUGAUCUCAAUUCGAAAGGCAUGAUAUCAAGCGCGCAAAGCGCAAAGCGCCCUCCCCUGCAGUGUGCCCCGGUCACAGGUCCCCCCCGCCCCGCGCCAUUGCACGAUCCAUGCACUCACUCACAGCACACACAGCCUCGUCUCGAGCGCUUGACGCACAGGAAGUGUCAAAUGUCACGCAUCGGCAUGCCGUACACGCGGCUGACGGCGUCACGUCAAAACCCGUGGGCGAUGAUGCUGGGCGACGCAGCGUCCGCAGCCGUGUCGCGGUCACUUCUGCCGCUCGGGCCGCGGCGCGCGCCGCCAGCGCCCCCCGUCGCCAUGGCAACGCUCCCGGGCGAUAUCCGCCCCGACCUCUACGGAGAA